CUGUUGGUGGAGAAAUGCCAUAACAUGAUCCAUGGGAAAGGGUGCAGUUUGCUACGAUAAGGAAGGAAAGCAGACUUGCAUACGCUUAAAAGCAGACAAAAAUGGCAGACGAUGAAAAAUUACCGUCCGGAUGGGAGAAGCGAAUGAGUCGCAGUUCAGGCAGGGUGUACUACUUCAACCACAUCACUAACGCCAGCCAGUGGGAGCGGCCGGUGGGCUCCGGCGGCGACGGGCGAGGGGACCCCGACAAAGUGCGCUGCUCUCACCUGCUGGUGAAACACAACCAGUCGCGGCGACCGUCGUCGUGGCGCGAGGAGAACAUCACCCGGAGCAAGGAAGAUGCCCUGGACCUCAUUCAGAAGUACAUCGAGAAGAUCAAGUCCGGUGACGAGAAGUUUGAGAACCUGGCCUCCCAGUUCAGCGACUGCAGCUCUGCCCGAAAUGGAGGAGAUCUGGGCUUGUUCGGUCGAGGUCAGAUGCAGAAGCCAUUCGAGGACGCCUCGUUCGCGCUGAAAGUGGGGGACAUGAGUGGCCCCGUGUUCACUGACUCUGGAGUUCACAUCAUCCUGCGGACUGGUUGAGGUUGUACUGGCGGGGUGGGAAUUUGGGUGGAGCCCCUCCCCCCCUUGUCCCUCUCCAGGCACAAUCCAACUCCUCUAACCUCUCCACAAAAGGACUGAACACACAUGUGUGCGUGCACACACACACACACACACACACACACACACACACACACACACACACACACACACACACACACACACACACACACACACACACACACACACACACACACACACACACACACACACACACACACACACUCACACACACACACACAUAUAUACAUACAGAUCUACAUUGAAUGAAUGCACUGCAUUGUCCUUCCCCUUUAAAAAAAACAAAAAAAAAACAGGAAGUGUCCAUCUGUCAUGACUGUUUCCAUUGGUGGACCAGGCUACGUGUCCCUCUGCAUCCUUCUUCUUCUUGCCUUACGAGUCCCAAAGCUGAUCUUAGCUCAUGUCAUCGCAUCAAAUCAAAUCAAAUCAAAUAAAAACGUUUUUCCAAA